AUGACUCAAAUACUUCCAAUACGUUUUCAGGAGCAUUUACAGCUCCAAAAUGUGGGUAUCAAUGCAUCAAAUAUUGGUUUCAGUACUCUCACUAUGGAGUCUGAUAAAUAUAUUUGUAUCAGAGAAAAAGUUGGAGAAACUGCUCAAGUGGUUAUCAUCGAUUUGAAUGAUGCUACUAAUCCUAUCAGACGGCCUAUCUCUGCUGAUUCUGCCAUCAUGAACCCAGCUAGUAAAGUCAUUGCAUUAAAAGCUGGCAAAACUUUACAGAUAUUCAACAUAGAGAUGAAAAGUAAAAUGAAAGCACAUGCUAUGACUGAAGAUGUUACCUUUUGGAAAUGGAUUUCUGUCAAUACAGUUGCUCUUGUUACAGACACAGCAGUGUAUCAUUGGAGUAUGGAAGGACCUGAUGAUCACACAGGUGACUCCCAACCCCAAAAGAUGUUUGACCGCCACUUAAGUUUGGCUGGCUGUCAAGUGAUCAAUUACCGGACUGACGAGAAACAACAAUGGCUUCUGUUGAUAGGAAUAUCAGCCCAGGUAAAUGCUGAAAUCUCUGCUGUGACACCACCAACUCAGCAAAACCGUGUAGUUGGAGCCAUGCAGCUUUAUUCUAUGGAACGGAAAGUGAGUCAACCUAUUGAGGGUCAUGCUGCAGCUUUUGCCCAAUUCAAGAUGGAUGGAAACCAAGCUCCCUCUACGUUGUUUUGUUUUGCUGUUAGAGGAGCACAAGGUGGAAAGUUACAUAUUAUUGAAGUGGGCCAACCACCUCAGGGCAACACUCCUUUCACCAAAAAAGCUGUUGAUGUCUUUUUUCCUCCAGAAGCACAAAACGAUUUUCCUGUUGCCAUGCAGACCAGCAACAAGCACAAUGUGAUUUUCCUAAUCACCAAGUAUGGAUACAUCCACUUGUAUGACAUCGAGACCGCUACCUGUAUCUAUAUGAACAGGAUAAGUGGUGACACUAUUUUUGUUACAGCACCUCAUGAACCAACCAAUGGAAUAAUUGGAGUCAACAGAAAAGGACAGGUACUGUCUGUCAGUAUUGAGGAAGAGAAUGUUGUUCAGUACAUAACAACCACCUUGCAGAACCCUGACUUAGCUCUGCGACUAGCAUCCCGCUGUAACCUACCUGGAGCUGAAGACUUGUUUGUACGAAAGUUCAAUAAUCUCUUUCAAAAUGGACAGUAUGCUGAGGCAGCUAAAGCAGCUGCCGGAGCUCCCAAGGGUAUAUUAAGAACUCCACAGACAAUCCAACGCUUUCAACAGGUUCCUGCCCAACCAGGACAAACUUCUCCUUUAUUACAGUAUUUUGGUAUCCUGUUGGACAAGGGCCAACUUAAUAAGUAUGAAUCAUUGGAACUGUGUAGACCUGUACUUCAGCAAGGGCGCAAACAGUUGUUAGAAAAGUGGCUGAAAGAAGACAAGCUUGAAUGUAGUGAGGAACUUGGUGACUUGGUUAAAGCUGCUGAUCCUACACUGGCAUUAUCUGUCUAUUUGCGAGCAAAUGUUCCAAACAAGGUGAUCCAAUGCUUUGCAGAAACUGGUCAGUUUCAAAAAAUUGUUUUGUAUGCUAAAAAAGUUGGCUAUACACCUGACUACAUAUUUUUGCUCAGGAACAUUAUGCGUAUAAAUCCCGAGCAAGGGCUUCAGUUCUCGCAGAUGUUGGUUCAGGAUGAUGAGCCUUUGGCUGACCUCAACCAGAUAGUUGAUGUCUUCAUGGAAUUCAACCUCAUCCAGCAAUGUACAUCUUUCCUCUUGGAUGCGUUGAAGAAUAAUCGACCAUCAGAAGGGCCACUACAAACUCGCCUCCUUGAGAUGAACUUAAUGUCAGCUCCACAGGUAGCUGAUGCAAUUCUUGGAAAUCAAAUGUUCACCCAUUAUGAUCGUGCUCAUGUGGCACAAUUGUGUGAGAAGGCAGGGCUUUUACAGAGGGCUUUGGAGCAUUAUACUGACCUUUACGAUAUCAAGCGAGCUGUUGUCCAUACCCACCUGCUAAACCCUGAAUGGCUUGUGACUUAUUUUGGCUCAUUGUCUGUGGAGGAUUCUCUUGAAUGUCUAAAGGCCAUGCUUCAAGCUAAUAUCCGACAGAACCUGCAAGUGUGUGUGCAGAUUGCAUCCAAAUAUCAUGAACAACUCAGCACUAAUGCUCUCACAGACAUCUUUGAAUCUUUCAAAAGCUAUGAAGGUCUUUUUUAUUUCCUGGGAUCUAUUGUAAACUUCAGUCAAGAUGCUGAUGUUCACUUCAAGUAUAUCCAGGCUGCCUGCAAGACAGGCCAGAUCAAAGAGGUGGAAAGGAUUUGUCGUGAAAGCAAUUGCUAUGACCCAGAAAGAGUAAAAAAUUUCUUGAAGGAGGCCAAGUUGACUGAUCAGUUACCAUUGAUCAUUGUCUGCGAUAGGUUUGAUUUUGUACAUGAUUUGGUUCUUUACUUAUACAGAAAUAACCUCCAGAAAUAUAUUGAAAUAUAUGUGCAAAAGGUGAACCCUGGCCGUUUGCCUGUAGUUGUUGGAGGGCUUUUGGAUGUGGACUGUUCUGAAGAUGUAAUCAAACAGCUUAUCAUGGUUGUAAAGGGCCAAUUCUCUACAGAUGAGCUUGUUGAAGAGGUUGAAAAGAGAAACAGGUUAAAGCUUCUCUUGCCUUGGUUAGAGAUGCGUGUUCAUGAGGGUGUGACUGAAUCUGCUACACAUAAUGCCUUAGCCAAAAUUUACAUUGACAGUAAUAACAACCCUGAAAGAUACUUGCGUGAAAAUCAAUAUUAUGACAGCCGUAUUGUUGGAAAAUACUGUGAAAAGAGAGAUCCCCACUUGGCUUGCGUUGCCUAUGAGCGAGGAUUGUGUGAUCAGGAACUUAUCAAUGUUUGCAAUGAAAACUCACUGUUCAAAAGUGAGUCUCGUUAUUUAGUUCGGAGAAGAGAUCCAGACUUGUGGGCUGUUGUACUUAAAGAAGAAAAUGAAUACAGAAGACCACUUAUUGACCAGGUGGUCCAGACUGCUCUCUCUGAAACUCAAGACCCUGAAGACAUAUCAGUAACAGUUAAGGCAUUUAUGACCGCUGACCUCCCCAACGAGUUGAUAGAGCUGCUGGAGAAAAUUGUUCUGGAAAACUCUGUUUUCAGUGAUCACAGAAAUCUACAAAACCUGCUGAUCCUGACUGCUAUAAAAGCUGAUCGGAGUCGUGUAAUGGAGUAUAUUAACCGUCUUGACAAUUAUGAUGCUCCUGAUAUUGCCAACAUUGCAAUCACAAACGAACUGUUUGAAGAAGCUUUUGCAAUCUUCAGAAAGUUCGAAGUAAACACUUCCGCUAUACAGGUGUUGAUUGAUCAUGUUGCAAACUUGGACAGAGCUUAUGAAUUUGCUGAGCGUUGUAAUGACCCAGCUGUAUGGACCCAGUUGGGGAGAGCGCAGCUCUCAUCUGGUAUGGUCAAAGAAGCCAUUGAUUCUUUCAUUAAAGCCGAUGACCCAUCACAGUAUAUGGAAGUUGUUAAUGUCGCAAGCAGCAACAAUAGCUGGGAAGACUUGGUGAAAUUCCUGCAAAUGGCUAGGAAAAAAGCCAGAGAAACAUUUAUUGAAACAGAAUUAAUAUAUGCAUAUGCCAAAACUAAUAGGUUAGCAGAUUUGGAAGAAUUUGUAUCUGGUCCAAACCAUGCAAAUAUCACACAGGUUGCUGACCGUUGUUUUGAGGACAAGAUGUAUGAGGCUGCCAAACUCUUGUAUAACAAUGUGUCUAAUUAUGCUCGCCUAGCUAUUACCUUGGUACAUUUAGGAGAAUACCAAGGUGCUGUUGACAGUGCUCGGAAGGCCAAUAGUACAAAAACUUGGAAAGAAGUUUGUUUUGCUUGUGUGGAUAAUGAGGAAUUCCGCCUGUCUCAAAUGUGUGGUUUGCAUAUUGUUGUUGACAAAUUAGAGCAAUCUGAAGCUGUGAGAAGUGAAGAGGAGCAAAAGGCUGAAGAAAGACCAUUAGUCAUUGGUGACACACAGUUAAUGCUGACAGCUGGACCAAUGGCUAUGGGCAUGACAGCCCCUGCUGCUCAGACUUAUGUCAAUCCCAGUAUGGCGGGAAUGGCUACUCACAUGGGUACUCCAGGAGGCUAUGGUUAUGGCAUGUAG